UCACCGAGCCGCUGCUGUAACUCGUGACUGUCAGACAGCAUCAUGGCGUGAGUUUAUUAAUCCUCAUAAACUCACAGAAACAACAGCAGACAUGUGGAGGAUUCAGAGUUUGGUGGGCAGAGUGGUGAGCCGUUGCCAUGGAAACGCUCCGCUGCGGCUCUCGCAGGGUCAUCACGUGGAGGACGAGGUCCUCAGCUCCUCCAUCCUGAGCAGCGGACGACACGCGUCUGACAGCAGCAGUUCUCACGGUUCUCACGAUCAGAAAAAGAAGCGAACAUCUCAGUUCUGCUACACUGGUCUGCCGAGAUACACCGCUCUCGAUGCAGUGGGAUGGGGCGCCGCUGCGGUUCUCUUCAUGCAGCUCUGUCGCAGGAUUCACUCUCGGCUGUCCUCGCACGUGGAUCAGAACCCUGGACCGGCCCGGAUACGGAAAUGCUCCUACAAAGUCCUGAUUGAGAUCUUGUCCCGGCCGCAUGCUUUAUCCGGCGGUGUGACGGUGAGGUGCCUGCAGACCCCAGACAGCGGCUCCGGUGACCGUAGUCAUGGUAACGGUGAUGGAGACACGACCUCUGACCUGCAGACGGCGCACAGCUCUGAUGACCAGCAGGAGGAGCCGGAGAGCGCCGCGUCACUCUGCGAUGAAACUCUUUUUCCUGAACAACCGAAACCAGAGGAAGGUGUUUCUCUCGAUGCAGCAGCGCAGAAUCUGCGAAGCGUGGCAGACGCCAGCGUUCCCGUAAUCCUCAACAUCAUCGGUCUGGAGAGCGCGAGAGCGGGCGACUACGAGACGGCCUUCUCCUGUUUUCUGGCCUCGGCGCAGCACGACUACAGCAAAGCUCAGUUUAACCUGGGAGUUUGUUACGAGAAGGGACGAGGAGCACAGACGGACCUCAGCAAGGCGGUGCAUUAUUACAGCCGCGCCGCAGCCGCUGGUCACCGGCAGGCUCAGUAUCGCUGCGCUAAACUCCUCCUGAACAGCAGAGGGCAGCAGAGCUCAGAGACGGAUGCAGCAGCGGCGCUCAACUUCCUGCAGGCGGCCGCAGACGCCGGACUCACUGAGGCUCAGGUGUAUCUGGGUGUGGUUUUGUCUCAGCGUCCGGACUGUGAUGAGAAGAAGUGCGUUCAUUAUUUCAGGAUGGCGGCUGAGAGCGGGGACACCGCGGCUCUCGUGUGUCUGGCUCAGUGCUACGAGACGGGUUUCGGCGUGUCUCCGUGUGUCCAAACCGCCGUCAGUCUGUAUCAUCAGGCAGCAGCCAGAGGAAACCAGCAGGCCAGAGACGUUCUGAGAGACAGACACAGCCGAGACGUGCUGCGCUCGAUCCGAUCGGCUCCGUGCUUCUCUGUGAUUGGCCAGCUGAAUCUCAACUCCAUGUUUCCUCAAGAGAAGCCCCGCCCACAGCAGCGACCUGGCUGCCAAUCACAGCCGCUUCCUCAUUCCUGGAGCACAGGGAGUCUGAGUGUGUCGCUUCAGAUGCUCAGUGCUGAAAGCAGCCGCAAAGUUUGGACGCUCGGGGUGCGAUAGCGUGAUCACUUCACCUCUCAUCUCAUAAUCACAUAAGCAGCUUAUUUGACCGAUACAAACGCAUGCACAAGCAUGUAGCCAUUAGAAACGCACACAGAAACUGCCUGAUCUGACCGAUGAAUGUUCUCAGCCAAUCAGAGCAGAGCUGGAGCGUUCCGAGCUCAGUGAUUGGCUGGUUAGGAUGUCAUAGAUUAUUCAUGAGCUUUCGUUUCAGCCACUCUAAAUGUAUUUUGCCAGUGGGAAGUGUUUGGUUUUGUAUAUAUAUAUAUAUAUAUAUAUAUGUGUGUGUUUGGUUGUGGAGAGAACGUCUGAAUACAGUGGAAUGAGUGUUUUUACUGAGCGUGUAGAAAGGGAUGUGCCAGAGUAAGCUUAUCUUUAUAUUUUUCGUGUAUAAUCGUGUCUUUAAACUGUCUUGUGGAGGUCAUUUUCUUGUUUUCUGUGCUAUUCGGACACAUUGUUUACGUGAUUAUAUUAAAACAGUAAGCUCACAUAUUCAUUCAGAAGCAGAAGAAUGAUCGGUUAUCAAAAAUUAACAACAAAACCAUGUGAUCGGCACCGUUUACAUGUGCCAGUGGUUUAAUUAACAUGUGCCUUAAACAGAUGUGCAGUUCAUGGAAAGCCAGUGGUAUAUCAGAGCUAGAACUUUGUGUUGUUUGUAUGUAUCUUGUAUCUUUGUAUGUUUAGCAUUAUGAGUGUUAUUGAGUGUCAUCUCACCUUAAAACACUGUCUAAACUACAAUAAAGACUU